AAGCUACAAACAUUAACAAGGCAUUUUCGAGUACAUGCAAAACUGCGGGCACUUACUGCAACCAAUAUCCAUGUACGCCGAGCCCCAAUGGAUAGUUGUUUCUAUAUUUGCUAAUUAAGCGCCAACAAAUAUGGUACAUUCACCACCGACUGAGGCCCAAUCAUUUGCAUACCGUCAAGAGUCCUGUCCUAUGAUCGUGAGCACUCCGGCUGACAAAGUGAAUUCCAACUAUAACACUGAUGACUUGGAGCAGGAGCACCUUCAGAGCUCUGUCUCGGUCAUCCACCUUUGUGCUUACAAGAACGAGCAGAAUGCAGGCGACGACGAUGGAAACCCGCCCACCAACCCCUCGGCUGCUUUCCUGCAGCUCCCUCCUAACCAAUCUAUCAGACUGGACAUGUGUUGUGUCGUUCUUGUUUUGAGUUCCAUCAUGUAUAUACUUCGCACUCACGUGUAAUUUGUUCUGGAGCAAUUUUCUCCAUCCAUAAGCUGUUAGUCAAGC